AAUCGGUCUAUGUUUUAUUGCGGAGUUUCAGGGGAUGAACGAAGAUACUUCCGCAAACAAAAACACGUGUUAAAUUUUAUAAUUAAGAUUGUUUGGGUUUUAUGUCAGUAACGUUUUCUUCUGCUGUAAUCUGACAAACGUUAAACAGCGAUGACUCGAUUUGCAAGAAGUUCUGACUCUAACAAGAAGACACCUUUAGAUGCCACAAAAUGGGAGGAGAUGACCAAAAAGAAGAAAUUUGAAAAUAAAGAAAAACAAAAACAAACAAAAACAGCAACACCAAAACAAGAACAUUCAGGUAACGAUGCACCCACAACUUCAAAUGAUUCAGGGAAUACAGUAAAGAAAGUAAAGACUAAAUCUUCAAAGACAUCUCCCAUGAAAGGUGACCAGUCUGACGGUAAAAAGCAAUUUUCAAACUCCAGUAACUGGAAGGGUGUUAAGAAAGGUGGACAGUGGACGGAUGCUAAGGAAAGACACAUUGCGAAAGUCUUCAAGAAAGAAUACAGUCGAGAACACCGGCGCAUGAAGAGAAUCCAACAGAAGCAGGCUGAAAAGGUGUGUUACAACUGCAGACAGCCGGGUCACAAGAUGCAGGACUGCGUGUUUUUAAAGGAGUCAACAGAUCAAGGGACGGGGAUCUGUUUUAAGUGUGGAUCAACUGAACACUCUGCUGGGGAAUGUUCCGUCAAACUCCCACCAGGUGAAUACCCGUUUGCGAAAUGUUUCAUAUGUGGAGAGAUGGGCCACAUCACAAGACAAUGUCCAGACAACCCAAGAGGACUUUAUCCAAAAGGAGGCUGUUGUCGGAUAUGCAGUUCUGUCGACCAUUUCAUGAAAGACUGUCCAGAGCGACUUGCUGAACAAGGUAUUGCAAGUGAAACAGUAGGCAGAAUUUCAGAAGAGCAAAGUAUAGAUGCAGAAGUUUCGGCCACAGAAAAGAUUCCCAAAGCAAAGAAAAAAAGACCCAAAGUUGUUAAGUUUUGAUUAGUAUUGACCAUGAAUUCUUAUUAAAUUAUAAAAUGAAA